UGUAAUAGUUGUAACAGAAGAAGCUGUCAUGUUAUUACGAACUUAUGCCUGAACAUUUACUCUAACAAAGAUAUACGUUCAUGGUCUAUAUUUAAUUAAUAUAUUUGUUAUACCUCCAAUAUUUACGAACUACUUCUUGCGGAGCAAAAGUGAAAAGCCGGAUGAAUAAAUAAUUCAUACGCUUUGUCGAGCGAUAGGGAGCAAGUACUGCUGAGCUUUAAAAACAGGACAUCAUGGCCGAAUCAGGAGAGCAGGUAGUUGAAAAUGUUGAACAGGAUGUUGAAGAUGAUGAUGAUAUUGGCAAUCCGAACUACAAGCCUCCUGAAGAGAAGAGCAUGCAGGAAAUUUUAGAAGCAGACAAAGGAGAUGAGAGUUUAGAUAAUUACAAGAAAAAGUUGAUGGGCGAGACUUCCAUUCCGGUUGUCCUUGAUGAAAAUAACCCUCAUCGUGUUAUCAUCGAGAAAUUAGAGCUGCAUAUUGAGGAUGACCCAUCCGAAAACCAAUCAAUGGAUCUUACAGGAGACGUGGCAAACUUGAAGAACAAAAAGUUUGAAGUGGUGGAGAAUAGUAAAUACAGAAUUUUGAUUUUGUUCCAUGUCCAAAGGGAAAUUGUGACAGGUUUACAAUAUUAUCAUACGGCCAAGCGAGCAGGAGUGAAAGUUGAAAAGAAUAUCCUUAUGAUGGGAAGCUAUUCCCCAAGAACAGAGCAGCAUUGUUUUAAAACACCAGUGGAAGAGGCACCCAAAGGGAUGUUAGCCCGAGGAGUAUACAACGUGCAUAGCAGUUUUAUUGAUGACGACGCACAUAAAUACAUUGAAUUUGACUGGAAAUUAGAAAUUGUAAAGAAAAAAAAGUAACUGUUAUUUGUGUGUAACACCAAAUCACUACCAUCAGAAGGCAAGGCCUUGGUUCUAUUCUGUCUGUUUUAUGUUGGAUACAACUGUUUCCUGCUUCAAUCAUGAUCACUGCAGGAUCACUUAUCAUGAGUGGUCUAUGAAAUUGUCUGGAUUGAAAAGUUGGAGUAAUCUCCCUUGACGGAGUAUGUCGAUCACAAUACUAACACUGGUAUCAUUAUAAGGAAUGGAUGUGAAAUGAAAAAAAACAUUGAUGUUUACAAGUGACUGUUAACAUUGCUUCAAAACGAUUUGAAUGAGAAUGAAAUAUUCCGACUAGAGAGCAGGUAUCCAGUCAGAAUAACAUCAAAUAUGUUUUAUGUCAAACAAAGCUAAUAUUAACAACAAACAUUACUUACUGAGCUUCAUUCCUAAUUCCUCUUCACACUUGUGGAGUCAGGAAGUGUCAUAUCAAUGUCAAACUGGUCUUCUUCAAGGACUUCGUGCUUUUGAAAUGGUCUCUAUAUUACAAAACAUAUAUAUCUUUGUACCAAGAAAAUCAGAUGUAGUAGUGAUUUUUUCCCGGUUUCAUUCAAAUCAGUUGGAAAAAAAUUAUAAGUUAACUUUAGUCAUAUGAAAUGAAUCCCAUGUUUCCCAGGCCAUUGUUUUAUAUGCUAGUAUAUUUGAUCUGAUUAUGUGAAAAAAAAAAAACAACAUUUUACACUAUUUGCAUUAUUAUUUUUUCUAUUUCUAUUUUCAGAGCUCCACUAUAAUGUUUUAUUGUUUUCCCACCAAUUAUAUAGACAUAAAAGUCUCUAUAUCUCAGGAAAUUCCUCAUGUGUACUGCAGUGUAAAGAUUAGUAACUGCAUCUGUAGAUAACGUUUCUUGUUAUGUUUGUUUCAUCCAAUUAUUAAUCAGCUGAUGACAAUUGUUCAGAUGACACCAGUAGUUAAACUAAAAACAACAACUGCUGGAAUAGUAGAAUCCUGGAUAGAAUAGAUCUUUAUUUAAGCCAAAUUACAUCAAGUCACAUUUUAACUGUUGGAUAUUACUGCAAUAAAUGUGAGAUCUUGGAAGUUAACACAUUUGACAGUGCCUGAGAAACUGUAGAUUAAUUUUAUUUGGCUUUGUUGUCAUAGAUAUUUCUCCUUUUUUAUAUGUAAAUGAGUAUAAGAAGGGAUGACAAAAUAACUCUAGUAAAACCAACAAAUGUUUUUUGAAGCAAAAUCAAAGGAAAAACUUUUAAGUGGGUUAUUAUUGUCCAGUUGUGUAAGAGUCCUUUUCUUGAAGUAUGAACAAAGAGCCAUGCUAUAUGUUUAAAUCAGGUACAAUUAUUUGUUAACGAAUGUAGUUUGACUGAGCUUUAUGUAGUUACCCUAAAGUGCUUUUAUAUAUAUGUAGACGCUUAUACUGCACAGUAUACAUGUAAUCUUUCUGCCUUCUACCUGAAUUAUUCAAGGUUCUUCUGUAAGAUUGUCUAUGCCAUACAUAGCUCUUAUUGUUAUAAUUUCAUCAAUAUGCAAUAAAUUUAUGAUUUAUUUUCUU